GUUGUCUAAACAUUGAGGUUAUGUUAUUGUUGAAACGUUCACGUUUUCUCUUUAAAUAAACAGUUUAUGAACUGAAAUUAUAUUUAUUAUGAAUGAUCUAAACUUGAGAGUUAGCGGAGGGAUAGGCGAAAAGGUCAAAAAACCCGCUGCGCCGUUAUCUAUUCCUUAUUGGAAUACUGGUGUUCCUAGUGAAUUUUUCAAUAACUUCUUAAAUUGCAACAGUGCCGAUAACCAGCUAAAGUUACUAAAGCAGUAUCUAAACAGCCACGGAGAUAAGUUUGACCAGGAAACAGUCAAAUUUCUAGUUUUGCUUUUCUGGCAUGCAGAUGCAAAACAUCCUGUUAAGGGGUUCUUAAAAAAGCACAUAACUGACUCCAGAACACUCCGCCAACCGUUCACUGAAACCUUAACCUCAAUAAUUAUCUCAGAGACUGACAACUUAACUACCCUCCCGUAUGGGGGUUAUAUAGACACCGUAACUCGGCUGGAUGCCACUAUAGAUAAGUUUCCACCUGGUGCUGAGGCUGUGAGUCGAUUAGAGAUUGCUGUUACUGCUUACUAUGUAAGGUGUUUGGAGACCUGUGUGGAAACACUCAAGUUACAGAAUACUGCAGGAGAAAAUGUUGGCGCCGAAGUAAAAUCUGAGCCUCUCGCUCCUACAGAAAUAAACAAAAUAUAUGACCUGGUCCACCUGACUCUAAGACUUCUCCUCUACAUGAUACAGAAAGUGACAGACGAGAACAGAAGCAAACUGAGCUCUAUGUUCCAGAGGAUAAGGUCCAUUAUUUUUGCACUCAUGUUGGGCAAAGAAGUGCCCAUGGAUACGAAGUCUGUGAGUGGGAUAAUAUAUUUGACAUUGCAUUUAUUUGAGAAUGGACCUGACUCUUGGAUUACGGUAUUAGAAGAAGAUCGUAGUGCAGAAAACGGUACAGUCAAUCUAUCAAUCUACUCCGCCGUGGCAACAGUUGUGCCUCCGUCUGAGCUGGCAGUCGUAAAGGUCAAAGGUCAGCUAGCUGUGCUAGAUCUGACUGAAAAGAUCCUGACCCUAGGAGACAGGUACUCAUCAGACCCCAGCCACACCCUAGCCGUAGCGCGCACCCUACUCUCAAUCAGCCGGAGUCUAGGCGCGGGCGCGGCGCUGGCGGCGCUGCUGGCGCGCUGGUGCUGGGCGCACGCGGAGCACCACAUGGACAGCGUGCGGCAUCUGGCCGCGCAGCUCACGGCCCGGGUUGUGGCCGCUGCUGUACAGUUGCAGAAGGAAGGUUACUCAAUCGGCCGGAGUCUAGGCGCGGACGCGGCGCUGGCGGCGCUGCUGGCGCGCUGGUGCUGGGCGCACGCGGAGCACCACAUGGACAGCGUGCGGCAUCUGGCCGCGCAGCUCACGGCCCGGGUGGUGGCCGCUGCUGUACAGUUGCAGAAGGAAGGCGAUCCUUCAACCCUAGAACACCUCUUCGCAUCGCUCUCUACAGUGGACAGUUCCCGCAAAACCUUCUAUGUGGUUCUAACGGCACUGGCGGAGGCCAUGGGGGCUGCGGUGCUGGCCCGGCGACCGGGCGUCAUCCGUGACGUCAUACACGCGCUGAGUACGCAGGCGGUGCAGGCUUGCGCCACAACAUUCCUAGAAACCCUUCUAAAGAAGCACAUGCAACAAGCAGACCCGGAGACCAUCUACCAACAGUGGAUCAUCGUGAUCCUGGAAACGGUCAAGUGCGAGUCGGACCCGGCGGUGCUUGGUAUACUGGAGAGAAUCCUGACUAAAGCGGUGCAGUGGGAUAGCGGGGUACUACGAUAUAUCUUGCCCGAGCAGCGCGCACUAAGCUCAUACCAGGGGAGCGAUCUAAAAUGCAUCUUAUUAGUACUGGGCGUAGUUCGAAAAUCCGGUGUUGCUUACAAGGGAGUUACGUUCGACGAUCUCAGGCACUGCGCCUAUGAUGCUGAUGAUGAGACCCGUGUGUUAAGUCUCUCGCUAGUAUCGGAGUCUCCUCGCUCAACACAGCCUUUAACGGAGGACGAGCUCACCUUCGUACUGCAUUUCCUCCAGUAUAAUAUCAACGCGCAGUCUCCAAGCUUCAGGCAACUGGUGCUGGCUAACAUGAAGAAGAUAUUAAAACGUCUCGAGGACAGCUACAAAGUGCUAAAGAGAAAACCGACUGAACACUCAAAAGAAAUAGCCUACUACCUAAAAUUUAUAUCGGAACUCCGAGCUUCAAGCUUCGCCAGUCUCUCGGCAGGGGGCGCUAGCUACGGACGGCGUUAUAUCGCGCUCCAGUUACUUAGCUGGCUGGGACAUCUACAUCUUGCAGAAGAUAGGCGAUGCACGGAGGAGCAGGCUGAAAUAUUGUACAAUCUUCUAGAAGAUAGCUAUGAGAACAACAAAGUUCUCGCCCUAGAGGUGCUAAAGAAUUGCCCAGCGGAGUUGAUAAAGUCUUAUGUGACUUCUUACGAGUAUAGUUAAAGAAACUUGAUAGCUGAAGCUUCAUCGGUGCGGCCGACGGACUGCGUGGCCGCCUCUUACAAACUGCUGCUACUGCUGUCUCUGCCAGCGAAGUUUCAACCUUAUCAUAAUGAACAUGACGUGCCCUCGCCGGCAUAUUUCGGCCUCCUACACAAGAUUCUAAGCUCGCUCAAAGAACAAACGACCCGUGCGCUGGACAUACUCCGCGCGGCCCGCGACGCGCCUAUGUACGGACUCGUACACUGCCUCGCUAGGCUUAUAGGUGGCCUCGACGCUAGUGCCAUAGCCAACAACUACCGGUGGUCUGCCCUGAUCGCUGACAUCAUCGCGACAUGCGAGGUGGUCAACAGCCGGGUCUCAGCCGUGGUGACGGCCGCCAGCCCCGAGGGUCUGCUGCCCGAAGAUACCAGCUCCGACAGCAGCGGUGCCAUAGCCAACAACGAUCGGUGGUCUGCCUUGAUCGCAGACAUCAUCACUACAUGUGAAAGCGUCAACAGCCGUGUCUCAGCCGUGGUGACGUCCGCCAGCCCCGAGGAUCUUCUGCCCGAAGACACCAGCUCCGACAGCAGCGGUGCCAUAGCCAACAACUACCGGUGGUCUGCCCUGAUCGCUGACAUCAUCGCGACAUGCGAGGUGGUCAACAGCCGGGUCUCAGCCGUGGUGACGGCCGCCAGCCCCGAGGGUCUGCUGCCCGAAGAUACCAGCUCCGACAGCAGCGGUGGCGCGCGGCUGGCGGACGGGCGCGCGGUGACCGCGCAAAUGCUGCUGCUGUGCGCCUGGCGGUCCGUCAAAGAGACGUCUCUCCUCCUUGGCUCCAUCGUGUCUCGCUUGUGUCUCGAUGGCGAAGCCCCCUCGUGGACGCUGAGUGCGAAGCAAGUUGAAGAUAUCGGCGAACAUCUCAUCAUGCUUCUGUCCACAGUGAAGCAUCGAGGGGCUUUUGAACAAGCUUAUGUUGGCUUCACACUACUCCUGGGCAGAUUAUGGAAAUGCAAGAGCGCCCUGCAUCAGCUACCUUUACAGUGGUUCUCAUCUAUAGAGCGAGGCUUCGUGAUACCCGCCGACGGUUCUACCGAGUACUGCGCUACUCGACGCGGGGCCGGUCUGCCCUUCAUGAUUCAGGCGUUAGUAACAACGGAGCUAGCGGCGGAGUCCACCUUGCCCCUUGGCCGCCUGCUGCACCGCUGCCUCGAGCUCUGCCUCGCCGCGGCGCGCGCCCCGCCCGGCCCCGCCGCCGCGGCGCGCGCACACCUGGUGCUGCGGGCUCUAUACAGGCACACCACACCGCCGGCGGCACACACGGCCGAGGCCAUCAUGGUGGCGGUGCGAGGGUUCGAGGCCGACACGUGGACAGAGCGAAACUCAUCGACUCUCCUGUUCAGCGCACUGACUGUGCGCGUGUUUGGCGUAGCACGUUCGAGCGGGCACAAGCUAUCCGCGCGUAACACUAUGACGGGCCGGAUAUUCUUCCUGCGUUACCCGCAGCUCUACGAUUUUCUACUGGAUCAGUUAAAAUCGGUGUCUCCGGAGUCGACACUGCGGCCGUCCUUGUUUCCUACAUUAUUACUGCUGGCCCGUCUCUAUCCCUCCGCGCUCGAGGGAACUGUGUCCAAUUUGAAGCUGGAGCGCUUCCUGCCGCACCUGGUGGCGCUGGGCGGCGCGCGCGACGCCGGCACGCGCCGCCUGGCCGCGCGCGCCGCCGCGCCGCAAGUGCCUCCACACAAAUGUGUAGCUCACAUGCAGUCAUUGCUCACGACACUCGCCGAUCCUAAGAUCAAAAGGAAUCUCUGCCACGGACUUCUGUGUCAGUUGACUGUCCUAAUGGAGCUUAAACCCGAUGUGACGAUCGACGAAGGUUCCAGCCUCACGCUCCUAACAGUUGUUCGUGGAACGUUCUGGAUCCCCGCACACUUGGCGGGCGAUGCGCCAUGCUUUUUAGUGGCUGACGAGUGGCUCAAGUUUAUCAACUUGGUCCUACUAAGGUUCCCAAACCUUCUAGACGACGACCUUCUAUCAAUGUCAUCUCUUCUCGAAUCCAUCAUGUUCCGCCCCGCCCCCGCCGUCACCAGCGGCCGAGAAGCUUUCCUCACCAACGCCACACACCUGUCCCUUAUCAUCAACACUGCACCCGCCUUACUGACAAAACGGUGCCUCCAACAUACCGCCUACGAAGUCAACUUAGCUGCACUCAACUAUUUACUCAUCCUACAUGGUUAUAAAGAAGAUUCCUGCCCAUUUCUAGACCACUUAUCUAUAAUCUUAAAUAGAGAAACUCUAAAGGAGUUAGAAUAUGAUACAAAUUACGUUAGAAUUCUGUGUGAAGUCACGAAAAAUGGGUAUUUAGAGUGUAAACAGAAAGCAUUAAAAGUUUUAGCGUUAACUAAAGACACGCAAAGAGAAAUAGUAAAGUUAAAGCUAGGGAAUACCGUAGAGUUAACUGAUGAAACUGUGAUAUUGGAGUUGAUAGAUUCAAUUAGAAAUGGCCAUGCGAGUUUGAGCUCUAUUUACUUGCUUAGUUUGUUGAGUUUCGUAUCAAAGCCAGUUUUGGAGGUAGUGAGAGUAUUAUAUGAGUGUAGCUCGGCAGGCAACGAGGAGAAUACUAGAGAAAUAGUGGUGGGAUAUUUGGAAAAGCAUUUGGUGACGCUGAUGAAGGCAAAAACGAGUGCGAAAAAAGCGGAAAUGUUCGAGUGGUCGGCCAUACUACUUGCGACGGCUGCAAUCUUGUUGGAAGACGAUUCCCCCGUCGUGCGGCAACGCGCCGCCGACGCCGUGCUCACAUCUCUACACCAUACAGAAGCGUCCCAACACUCGAUAUCCACGUUCGCAUCGCAACAGUGGCGGCGCUGUGCGGCGGCCGACGGCGACGGGCCGGCGCUGCUGCUGGUGCUGGCCGCUCUGGACUUCUGCGCUGACGUGGACACCGGCGACGAACUAGGGGAAGAGUGUCGAGUCUUCGAUCAAAACGAAACUCACAACGUGUAUCUCGAGGAGUUUAUAUGGACCAGAGACUGCGCUCUCGAGCUAAAGCGGAUAUACAGACAAACAGACACCAACGCCACAAUAGAAGAAUACCUACAAAAUCUUCUAACAAAUCCAGACUACAAGGAAACUAUAAGGAAACUCUGUAUAGAUAAUGUAGCUGAAUAUUUGACAGGCCGAAUGAAGACGAAUAAUCCUAAAAUUAAUUUAUUUCUAAAGAUUUUAUAUGAAUAAAACAUAAGAAACGGUAA